AUGGGAGGAAUCGGCAGCUGUGAGUGGCUGGCGAGAUUGGAUGAUUGGCGAUGUUACCAGGCGAGCAGCGUGGGAGACUCAGACGAGAAAGCUGGGCGAGAUCCCGAAUGCCACACGGGCGAUAGAGGUGUCGUUGCGUUGCACGUCUCAUGCUGUGCUCGUGUCGGUGGUGUCACUGGGCGUGUCCAACUUCCAAAUACCAUAUUGCUGCAGCCAGGUAUAUUGCUGCAGAAAUGUGCAGGCCGGGGACUUGGUAUGCAGUUCAGCUGUUCAUCUGUCUGUCUGCUGGUCUGCCUUGCCUGGCUACUCGUCUCUAUUGCCUGA